GAGCAGCAGAUAGCGAGACUUCCGUAUUCCAUAUUAGGAAGAAUUUGAUCUCAGAAAGGGGAAUUUAAAGAGUUGAAGUGCAUUUAUUCUUUUAAUCGGGAAACAUGUUUGUCCUGAGUACACUACUGCUUUUGUGGGACUUAGCACUCGUCUGUGGUGCAAACAGCACCGUUCAGCUUCAGGACGACACAGCGCCCUUCCAGGUGGAAUUUCAUUCAGUGAACUUCAGAAAUGUCCUGCACUGGAAACACCAUCCUGAGGCAGCGGAUGACCUGCAGUAUUUCGUGCAGUAUAAAGUGUAUGGAGACAAGGAGUGGAGUGUGUGUGAGCCCUGUCAAGCUAUCCAUGAACCACAGUGUGACCUGAGCCAGGAGACGUCUGACCCGCGCCAGUGGUACUACGCAAGGGUUCAGGCUCGAUCCUCCAAAGGUCUCUCACCAUGGGUUACAAGCACCAGGCUGUACCCUCAGUGGGACACCACUUUCAGCCCACCAAAUAUCAAGCUGAAUGUGACACAGCAAGGCAUUGUGGUCUGGAUCAGACCUCCACGGACCCCUCCACAGGGACAGAGGAACAGCAGGAUCUCAGUUACAAAACUACUGAAGCUGAUAUUCAGGAUUUACCUCAUGCACGAUGGGGUGGAGCAGAUCCUUGAAACUGACGGCUGCCCGAAGAAGGUCCUGAUUGAGCACUUAAGCCCUCAAACGACGUACUGUGUACAAGCAGUGACCGUCAAGCCCCUCUCAGGCCUUACAAGCUCGAGGAGUCCCAAGUCCUGCAUCAGCACCUUGUAAAGCUUCGCACAGAUGCUGUACACAUCUCUACAGCAGCAGAGACAUUUGAGACAUCCGCCAGUGUCCAUCAUACAGUCCUGCCUUUAUGUUUGUCCAAACAGUCCACAGAGAGGUUAUAGGGGAGGGAUGAACCUGAAUGCUAUACACAAAAACUUCUCAUCAGCUGAUAGCCAGGGAUUGCUCAUUUGGGAUAUGAUGCUGCUGGGAGCUGCUCAGUUUAGACCUGAACUAAAGACACCAUUUUUGUUCUGGCUAAAUUUAGUUUGACAUUUGAGACAGCUGGAGUUGGUAACACAAAUGUCUUUAUCUAUGUGUUUUGUCAUCAAUGUGCUCUGUAAUACCAACCAGAAAUUUCUAGAAAGCUUUAAUAUAUGUGACAUAAUUAAUAUAUGAACAAUAAAUUUAUUGCAUCCCAUCCGAUUCAUUUUAGUCAUCUUGUC